ACGUACUAUCGAAAGGCCUUUGCGGAAAGCGAGGGUUUUUGGCAAAGCCACAAAACUGUAAUUGAGGCAAAAGGCAGGGGGGGAGUUCGAGGGACAAUUCCCAAGGGUUUUCCUUACAUUCACGUCGACUUUUCCCUCGAGGAUGGCUUGGCGCACGUUAUUGACGACGGCGAAGAGCUCUACAAAGAAAACUGUGAACGCCUCAAACGCGAAUAUGCCCCUUUUGACUGGUUUCAGCUGCAGCAGCAGACAGAGUCCAUGGGGGCCCCCAAUGGCCCCACUUAG